AUGAUCAAUACUUUCAAAUAUUUCCCCCUUCAAUAUGCAGACAAGAUCAUCACAGAUGGUCUACGGAGACGAGGAGAACUAUUUUGGGACUGUCGUUCCCAGAAGCUGGUAGAAUAUCAAUCUGAGAAUCACAAAACACUGGCAAUAGAGAUUGAGCGAUAUAUGAUCGAUGACAGCACAUACAAGAGGCUCCACGGUGGAAAGGGGGCCGUUUUAGACGAGAAAGAGAGGAAUAGCUCUCGCGCCGGGGCCCGCAAGAGAAAGAGAUCUACGUUAUCCCUCUCAAAAUUACUGGUUAUAUUUUGGUUCACAAAAGCUGGGUUAAUGGCUGAUGAUAAUUAUAGUCAAUCUGUGGGUAGAUCAGUCUAUGAGGUUGGGUGGAGUAAGAUUGCGUUUGACAACUUGGUCAUUGACCGAGAUACCAUGGAGCUUAUUCAAGCUCUUGUGAUGAACCAAGUCGAGGCUGAGCGAGGCACCGAUGUCAUUGGUGGGAAAGGCAACGGUCUCAUCGUGCUUCUGCAUGGCGGUCCUGGUACAGGGAAGACAUUUACUGCCGAGGCUGUAGCAGAAAUAGCCGAGAACCCCCUCUAUCGAGUGACCUGUGGUGACAUUGUAACCAAGCCAGAAGAUGCCGAGAAAUAUCUUGAAUCGGCGCUGCAUCUAGGGAAGAUCUGGGGCUGCGUUGUUCUUCUUGACAAAGCUGAUGUGUUCCUUGAGGAACGUAGCCUUGACCAGCUCGAGCGAAAUGCACUUGUUUCAAGUUUUCUCCGUGUCCUCGAAUACUAUGAAGGGAUAUUGAUCCUGACCUCCAAUCGUGUGGGAACAUUUGAUGAGGCGUUCAAAUCUCGGAUCCAGCUCGCCUUGCACUACAAGAACCUCUCCGUUGAUCAGAGACAGCGGAUCUGGUGGAACUUUUUGGACCAUCUGCGGGUAAUGGAACGAGGCGAGAAGGCAACUAUUGACAUCGAUGACAUACUGGACCAUGUCUUUUUGCAAAUCAGUUUGAGAUGA